AAAGCAUUGUGCAUAGUUCUAUGCAAAUUUCUUGACAUAAUUUCUGAAUGCCCAACAGGAAUUUGGCAAAGCUCACACGAUUUGCGUCACGCUGUCGUGUGUGUGUGUGUGUGUGUGUGUGUGUUGACCACAUGCUUUCACUUCUGCAUCAGGGUAUCUAGUUUUUUUUCACUGCAGCGACUGCUUUUAUAUCUUUUUCCUCUCCUGACCUGAAAGAUUGCUUCGUCUUGCCCUCCAUGUGAUUGGUAGAGUACAUGCUAUUCAUGCUAUGGCUAUGUUGAUCAUUUUCCUCAUCCUUUGUCAGCUUCCAAUAGUGAGGACUAUAAACACCAUCUUCUUUCCAUGUGACACUGAUAGCAAUACCACUGCAGUGGACUGCCACGGCAGACUUCUCACGCGUUUCUCCUUCAUCCAGUCACCCACAGUAGUGUCGCUCAAUUUAAGUCAGACGAAGAUUCUUCAUUUGAGGCAGUAUGUUUUGUCGGGUCUCCCAAACCUCGAAACUCUGGAAAUAAAGGAAAAUUGUCUGCCAGGUCACCUGAGAGCUCUGGAGGACCGCUCAUGCAAAAUGAAGAUCGACGACGAUGCCUUCAAGAGACUAUUGAAACUUAAAUAUCUGUAUCUGUCAGGAAACAGCCUCACCACUAUUCCCUGGUUACCUGAAAGCCUGAUGGUUCUCGACCUAAAGUAUAAUAACAUUUUCAGCAUUUUCCAGCCUUUAAAUACUCCAAAUCUCAAAAUGCUCUUCCUCGACUCUAACUGCUAUUAUGUAAAUCCUUGCAACCAGGCCUUUGACAUUAGUGAAAGGGUCUUCGGAGAGCUCCCAAAACUUGAAAUCCUUACCCUGGGGUAUAAUAAUUUCACCGCUGUUCCUAAAGGGUUGCCACCCUCAUUGGAGAAACUGGAUUUAAGAGAGAAUUCAAUUACAGAAGUCUUGGAAAACGCAUUUGCCAACCUGACUCUCCUCAAACAUUUGAACUUGGAGUGGAAUUGCCAGCGCUGUGACCAUGCAGCCAGACCGUGCUUUCCUUGCCCAGGUAAUCUCCCCCUACGCCUAAAUCCACACUCGUUCUAUGCUAAGAAGUCCAAGAUUACCUUCCUCAGCUUGAGAGGAAACUCUUUGAGAACAUUCCCAGAGGGUAUUUUCCGCCCACUGGAGAAUUUAAAGCGAUUAGAUCUAUCUGACAACCUCCUGGCAUUUACUAUACGUAACGGGACCAUCUUUGCAGAACUCCGAGGCCUCACUUGGAUUAGCCUCAUCUAUAACUACGAGCCACUAUGGACAUUUCCGGAAAUGAUCCUGUCCCCGCAUUUUGGCAAUAUGUCUGAUCUGCAAUGUCUUCUUCUGAGUGGUAACUUUUUCCACAGGCUCUCAAGAGACAGUCUUGAUAUUGUGUCCAAGCUACAAAAUCUAAAAGUCCUAGAACUGAGAAUGAACUUUAUCAAUACUUGUAACUUGACAUCUCUGAAGGAUUCACCGUCCCUCGUCAAUAUCGACCUCUCCCAAAACAUGCUUAAUUUCCUUCCCUGCCGCUCGAGUCACUCCUUUCAGAUUGAGGCACAAGAAAGCCGUCAGAACCAGAUACUGUACUCGCAUAAUUCCCCUGAACAGACGCUUAUGCUGAUAGAUCGGAAAGCCACAUCAGGAAACUUGAUUUUUACUAUAAGGAUGCUGAGUGAGCUUAACAACACACUGAAGGUAUUAGAUGUCAGUGGCAAUGAAUUUUACUUCCAAAUGAGGGGCAUGGGCCACCGUUUUCAGUUCCUUCAGAAUUUGACAAACCUAGAAUUUCUAAGUUUGGCAAACAAUGGGAUUGGGAUGCGAGUCGAUCACAUGCUGAACAGCAGCUCUUUGAAGUACCUUUACUUCUAUGGAAACCACCUGAACAUUAUGUGGAAUUCUGAUAACAAGUACACUCGUUUCUUUCAAAACCUUACGAACCUCAUCUACCUUGACAUCUCUGACAACCAUCUGGAGUCAGUCACUCCAGAAGUGCUGGUUAACCUCCCAGGACGCAUAGAGAUCCUCAGCAUCAGCAAUAAUUUGCUGAAAUAUUUCCCAUGGGAAAAUAUUUCGGCACUCGCCAAUUUAUGUCACUUGAAUAUGAGUCAAAACUCCCUCUUCUACUUGCCGCAUACAGUCAUUGAAUUUGGAGUCUAUUUUUCCCUCUUAGACCUCAGUCACAAUCGCCUUAGUAAUAUUCCUGAGGGUUUCUUCAGAAAGGCGAAAUCCUUGCAGUACCUGUAUCUCAGCCACAAUCAGAUCAAAACGUUGAACCAUCAGUUUCUCCCUGCCCCCUUUAAAAAUGGCAGUGCCCUUCAGACACUCACACUGCAUGCCAACCCCUUUAAAUGUGACUGUGACACAUCUUGGUUCGCGGACUUCUUGCGUACUACUCCUGUGCAGAUUCCUCAUCUCACCACAAAAGUACACUGCGAUUACCCAGAGUCCCAGCAAGGUCAGAGUGUACUCUCUAUGGACCAGCGUUCCUGCCAGGACAUCUACGGUGGCUUAGCCUUCGUCGUGUGUUCCUUCUUUGCUGUGGCGUUCACCGUUCUGCCCCUUCUGAAGCACCUCUACGGCUGGGAUCUGUGGUAUUGCUUGCAGGUACUCUGGGCGGGUCACAAAGGCUACUCCCAGCUUGCUGGUAGAGACUCGCAGUAUCACCACGAUGCUUUUGUGGUGUUCGACACCCAGAACCGGGCUGUGAGGGAUUGGGUCUACAAUGAGCUAAUGGUCAUUCUGGAGGACACGGGUCACAGGAGGUUUUGCCUCUGUCUGGAGGAGAGGGACUGGAUUCCUGGGCUUUCGUGUAUCGAAAAUCUACACAAUGCUGUCUACAACAGUGCAAAGACAGUGUUUGUGCUAUCCAGUGGUGCCACGGGUGGUGAAAGGGUGAACGGUGUCAUCCGCCAGGCUUUCUUCAUGGUUCAGCAGCGGCUUCUGGACGAGAAGGUGGAUGCAGCUAUACUGGUUCUGUUGGAUGAGAUGUUUCCCAAACUGAAGUACCUCCAGUUGAGGAAACGGUUGUGCAAGAAGUCUGUGUUGUCCUGGCCGAGAAACCCAAGGGCUCAACCACUUUUCUGGAACCGAAUGAGAAUGGCAUUGUCUUCAGAUAACCUCCGAUUCUAUGACAACAAUAUGAGUGAGAGUUUCAUAUAACUUCCUUUUAAUUGCUGAUAGAGAGCACUUCGGUGAAAGAAGCCAUUGUUGAGAAUCUUUUGAUUGCAUUGUUAUGACAAUGUAACUACGUUAUAUAUCAUUCUAGGUUGACAGUUUUAUUAUGUAACUGUAUAUUGUUUAUAUUAAAGAUCAUAUGCCAUUUUUAUAUAGUGCAAACAACAAUUUGUAAUCUAACGCUUUAGUGGAAUUAUGUGUUUGGAACUUUGUUUUGAAAAGCUUUAAAAUGUGACCAUUCUUCUAUGUGCUGUAAAUAUUUU